UUCACUGAAAUACGAAAGACCGGCAAUAUUAUUCAUGAAGAAUUACAAUUUGUAACACAAGUGCGCGAAGCUAUAGCCAGGCUUUAUGUGACAAGCGCACACUAUGCGCAUUUCGCGGGACAUCUCUUCAGGUCGCGUCCGAAAAUCUUGACAAACCGUUAUUUUCGAGAAUAAAGACUGUCCAUGCGAUAAAGAAGUGGUGUGGUGUGUGUCCAUGCUGCAGCGAUAACCAAGUGCCUUGGUCUCCAAUGUAAAGAUAAGAAAUGGCAGAGAUAGGAGAAAAUGAGGCGAGUGGAAGAGAAGGAGCAGAUGGAGGAGGUGGAAUGGGAGGUGUAAGGCCACCCCAUGACCCCCAGAGCCCGGCCCGCUGUCCGUCUCCUGCUCCCCCAGUCAGGGCCCACCAUGGCGGGCUCAGGAGAGGGAUCGUGAUCCAGCUAACAGGCACAGAGGGUGACUGGGACAGUCUGGAUGACAACGAGCUCAUCUUCCCCCUGGAACCCGACUAUGUCGACCAGACCCCUUACAUCUCCCUCUCCAAGGAGAGACAGAACUCCACAGAGGAGAACCAACACUUCCUGUACUCCCCAGCCUUCCACAUACCCCUCUCCCCCUCUUCCCCUGGGUCCCUGGUGGACUCCUCCAUCUUAGCCCCUAGCUUCCUCUCCCCCAGCCCAGUCACCCCCACCCACCAGCCCCUGGUCAACCUGGUGAAAUCCCUGUCCACGGAGCUGGAGCUCCCUCAGGGCUCAUCCCUUAGACCCCGGCCCUUCCUCAGCCUGGUCAAGUCCAUCUCUACUGAGAUCUCCCGCUCAGAGCCAGAGGUGUCCCAGUGCAAGUCUGACUCCCGCCUCAACCUCCACCUGCAGUGGAAGAACCUAACUCAACCUAAGGGAAGGAGUAACGGAGAUUCCCGUACCGCCCCACCCUCGCCAGUCACUCUAUCCCCGCCCGAGGGCACCAAGACGGGCUUCUUCAAGAUGGAGCUGGAGGACACGAAGCGGAAGCUCUCUGAGGCCAUGCAGGAGCCUAUGUUCAGUAAGCCUAUCAGUAUGUUCAGUAAGAUCAUGGGGGAUGAGAAGGAGAAUGCAGCAGCAGGCAGCCCCAAGCACCAGAGAGCUACGGGGACUCCCUCAGCCGACUCCCUCAGCUCCAGAGGGGUCUGUGUGGGGAGGAUGGACAGCAUGGAGGUGGGUAACACAGAGUCUCCUCUGCGGAGCACCAAGAGAGCGGACGGUGGCUCUCCGCCGGUGUUUGACUGGCCUUGUGCCAGACAUCCCAGGAAGGGUCUGCCCAUUAGACCAUGUUCUGUCCACAAUCACCACGAUAGCAAACUAAAUUACAAGACAGAGGAACUGGAGAUCUGCACCUACGAUGAAGUCAUGCAGGUUGUGGCCGUCGAGAGACAUCAUCACAGUCUUCUGCGGAGAUUGCCUGGUUCUCUGAUCUCCUCAGGACCCCAUGGUGUGUUCAGUCAACCCACCUCUCUACCACCUCCACCAUGCAUGGGGUUGUUCUGUGGGGCUGUGCUGUCAUACGCCUACUUCAUUCUCCCCAUGGGCCCCUACAUGUCAGGCCUGGCUCUGGGCAUGGCCUUUGGCUUCCUGCUAGGGCUGCUGCUUCUUAGGCUGGGCUCAACCAUACACACCGCUCAGCCACAUCCACACAGCGACGUUCAGGCCCUGACUGAGGCUGUUCAGCAGUCUGAUGCCCUCAGCACCAAAUCAGACGUCCUCAGGUCCCAGGGAUGGAUGAACGAGAUGUUUGAGUACGACCCAGAGACUUACCACCCGUCCCUUACCCACUCUGUGUUCGCCACCCUGGAGGGGCACUGCCUCCGCCUGGACUACCCCAGGAACAACAUCAGCCGUAGGGCCACCUAUGACGAAAAGCCCCCCGAGGCUGUGGUUGUCAGCUCACGCUGCUUCCAGCUACAAAACGGCAAGGUGUUCCUGCUGCCCUCUGUGCUAGCCCGUAAGAGGCUGUGGAACCUGAAAUACCCUAUCUGCAUCGAGCUGGCAGAGGGAGAGGGGGUCAUGGAGCAGGAGAAGGGUAAAGAGGAGACCACAGGAGAGGAGCAGGGGGGAGACCCCCAAGCACGACCCACCACAACCCCCAAACCAACACAGAACCUCCCUACAACCCUAUACCUCUUCGGACGGACAGGAAGAGAGAAGGAGGAGUGGUUUCAUCACUUCCUGUCCUCGUCCAUGGUAAUGGAGAAGGAGAAGGAAAGGCCUGGUAGAUGUGUGACCAGAUCAGAUAUGCCGAUGGUGCAAGGGGUGAGCACUUCAAGACGGUUCCAGGCUCGUUUCCUGGCCUCAGAGCAGCCCAGCCCCUUGCCCAGCCCACCCCUCAACAGCACAGAGACAAGCCCCACCAACAAAUGCACCUGUGAUUUCCCAGAGUUCCUGGGGGAGGGCCAGACUGACUGGGUCAAUGCCCUGAUUGGUCGAAUCUUCUUGGACUUCCUGCGUGAGAAAUACUGGGCGGACAUUGUCUCCAGAAAGAUCCAGAAAAAGCUGAGCAGAAUCAGACUGCCUUACUUCAUGAAUGAGCUGACUCUGACUGAACUGGACAUGGGCUCCUGUCUGCCCCAAAUCACCAGUGCAUCCAGGCCUGUGGUCAACAGCAGAGGCUUGUGGCUGGAGCUGGAGGUGGUGUACACCGGGGCCCUGCAGAUGACCCUGGAGACCAAGAUCAACCUGUCCAAACUGGGCAAGGAGGGAGGCCUGGACACAGACAGCCUCACUGAUACUGGCAACCCGGGACCCGUCCUCAGUGUUCUGACUGACAGUGAUGAGGAGUCCUCCAGCGCCGGUUCUUCUGACGAGGAGGAAGUACUGCUCUCAGAGCCCCAAGGCAUUGUGGGAGAAAAGGGGACUCUACCUGGUCCUGAAGGGGUUUCUGCUGGUGGCGGGAAGACAGGCAGGCGGAUUUUGAGAUUUGUCGACAAAAUUGCAAAGUCUAAGUACUUCCAGAAGGCGACAGAGAAUGAGUUCAUCAAAAAGAAGAUUGAGGAGAUGUCCAACACGCCCCUGCUGCUGGCAGUGGAGGUUCAGGAGCUUUCUGGAACACUGGCUGUCAACAUCCCUCCUCCCCCUACUGAUAGAGUAUGGUACAGUUUCUGUGUACCUCCCAAGCUGGACCUGCAUGUCAGACCCAAGUUGGGGGAGAGGGAGGUCACCUUCUGUCACGUGACUGAGUGGAUUGAGAAGAGGCUGCAGGAUGAGUUCCAGAAUGUGUUUGUGCUGCCCAACAUGGAUGACAUCUACCUGCCUCUGAUGCAUUCUGGGAUGGAUGGUCCUCCAGCGGCCCAGCAGACCCAGCAGUGUCCGUCCCAGUCAUCAGACCACUCCUCCAUGGAGUCGAUUGAGAGGAUCUCCCAGGACAAUACUACUACAGAGUUGGACUAGUGCCUCCCUGUGGCCCAAUGACGCUAUGACACCCUUGAAGUUCUCAUAGCCCAAGUAGAUGUGUCACCAAAUGUAGUGGGAUACUUUAUAUUACAGUACUUCAACCGAAGUCAUACCUUUGGUCAAUGUUUACAUGUGAGGAACAGUAAUGAGGUGUGAGUUUCCUUGCUGUUUUAAUUGUUUACAGUUCAAUGUCCUUUUGAGCAGACAGUCCAUAUUUAAUACAUGAAAAUGAAAACAAUCAUUGAAUAAAACCAUGACAUGAGGAA